AUGGCCACAGAAGGAUCAACCUGCUUCCAGCAGGCCUUAAAUUCAUUUAAAACUCAGUCAGGUCCUGGACUGGUGGCAGAGUUUGAGAUGACAUCUUUAACGGCCCUUAAGAGCUCCAUAGCGAAGAUCGAAAAGAGACAAGCCACGGAAAGACGAAUGCAGAAUAUGCGACGACUCUACAAAUUUGUUGAUAUAAUGGAGAGACAUGGUAAAUUAAUUGAAAUAUUGCUGAACACGACUAACCUGCUCGCAUUUGUUUGGGGGCCAAUGAAGUUUUUGUUACAAGUUGCUAGCUCUGUGUCUGAAGCUUUCAACGAGCUACUGGAUACUUAUAAAGUCAUCGGAGAAAGCAUAGAGCUUCUAGAAAAUUGCAAUGGACUUAUCGAUGGUAACCAUCUUGUUAAACAAGCCGUGGUGUCUAUGUUUCAGGAUAUUUUCGAGUUUCAUCAAACUGCACUAGCGUAUUUCAGGAAGCCUAUGUGGAAGCAGGUUUUUCAGGCUACUUGGUCUACCUACAAAGCGAAGUUCGGACCGGUUGUCGACAGUUUGAAACGCCAUAAACAGGUGUUUGGUGACAGGCUAACCUUCGCACAACUUGAGAAUAUUCGCUCAGAAGGGAUCAGAUCGUCGGAAGCACUGAAAAAGUUGCAAAAGGACGAGGAAAUGGGUCAGCUGAGAGAUAUUCAAUGUUGGCUGAAUAGUGCAGAUAUCGCAAGUGAUCAGGAUACUUUCACGAGCGUGCGAAGUCGCAAUACACAAGCGGGGAUUUGGAUUUUGCGUCACCAACUUUACUGCGCUUGGAAGGAAAGAAAGGCGCAGCCGAUGCUCUGGGUCAAUGGCAUUCCAGGAGCUGGGAAGACUAUCCUAGCUUCGAUCAUGGUUGAAGACUGCCUCAAGAGCUAUGAAUCUACGGCUUGGUUCUACUUUAGGAAUGGCGAUGCGCAAAGAAGCUCCUUCCUCAAUCUUGCGUCCAGUCUUAUCUCGCAGCUGCUCGAACAUAAUUGCGAUCUGCUACCUUAUGUCUUCGAAGAGAUGUGCCGCAAAGGCAAGCAAUCAUUCUCAUCAGAGAUAUUAGCCAAAGAGCUACUUCAUGUAAUCCUUAGGAAUUCCGGACAUGUUUGCAUCAUCCUCGAUGGGCUUGAUGAGUGCAGCAGAAUGGAAAGGAAGAAGAUCCUUGAUUGGAUCUGUCUAGUAAGCGAACAUCCACAGGAUCGUGAUAAUUCAUAUUCCACAAUCUGUCUUCUUGUGUCACAAAGGGACGGGAUCACCUCCAAGGCUUUACGUGAUAUCCCAAGCUUGGAAAUUACCGCCAAGGAUACACGGGAUGACAUUCUUGCAUUCCUAUGGUCGCGAGGUUCAGAGAUUCAAACCAAGUUCCAAAUCAGUGAUGAAAGCACCAAAACGAUGGUGGAGCUUGUCAUGGAAAAGGCGGGCGGAAUGUUCCUUCUCGCAAAGCUUGUUAUGAACAAUCUCUUUUGUCAAGUCUCACCAGGCAAUUUCUACAAGGAGUUGAACAUGAAGCAAAUACCUACGCAACUUGAUCAGGCAUACGACCGGAUCUUGAGCAAUAUUCUUGAAGACCAGUCUUCCCGACCUCAUUCGCUUCAGCUACUCGGGUGGCUUGUAUGUGCAAAACGUCGACUUAAGUGGCGGGAGAUCCAGGGCGCGGUAUCAGUUGAUCUUGAAGGCGAAGAUGUCGAUUUCGAAAGUCGUCAAUGGAUUCUUGACUCCAGAGAUCUAUGUGACUCUCUAGUUGAAGUAAAGACCGAUGGGACUCUCGAGUUUGUUCAUGCAACUGCCAAGCAGUACCUCAUCCGGGCAAAGUUCGUUGACGUCGGACAAGUGGAGUUGGAUAUGGCUUCUCUGUGUGUGGGCUACCUAGCCCUACCAGGGUUUGAGAUAAUCCUGCCAGAUGAGUCCGUUACAGACUUCAUAAGCACUGGAUAUUAUGCAUUUCUAGACUACGCAGUCUGCUUCUGGUCUUUCCAUCUUCAGGAGGGUCUCAAAGGCACCAUAGAUCGGGAGGAUGCAAUGACAUUAAUCGGAUUUCUGUCGAAAUUCUUAGAGUCGCACUACCGGCGCCCUACGAAGGAUUUCAACAUUCCCUCUUCUGCGCACGAAUUACGGAGGCGAAUUGAAGAGCAUGGCCCUUGGUCUGCUGCAGAUAAUUUUCUCCAUGCUUUUGUCUCUGCGCAGAGUCAGAUCAACUGUUACACUCAGGACGCCGCCUCUAAUGUGUGUCUCAAUAUACCCGACGUCAUUUCCCGCAUCAGAGACAAUAUAGAGAGAGCUGUCUCAGAGAACGUGGGCAGCGGGAGGAUUGACUCGAGAGUACUGUACUCUUUCUACGGCCGGAAUCUCUAUAAAUGCCCUAGGACGAGUUGUGAUUUCUUCCAUCAAGGGUUUGAAACUCCUCAGCAAAGAGAAUCUCAUCUGAGCAAGCACGACAGGCCUUUUGGAUGCUCUUUUCCGCAAUGUUACAGAGCGACUAUUAGGUUCGGUUUAAAGAGGCAACUCGAAAAGCACAUCGCAGAUACCCAUGAAAAACAUGCAAGGGAAAUGCACGCUUUUCCUUCCAAGCGAAUCAGGAGGGCUUUAUUGUGCAGAUUCUGCAAAAAAGAGUUUCAAGAAACGAGCACAUUCCGCAAGCAUGACUGCACACGUCCAGCUCCAGAGCGGUCAGAGAACCUUGAUACGACGGACAUGUCUUCGACCCCAGGCGUUAAAGCCACCAGACGUAAACCCCACGUGACAAAUUUAGAAUGGCUUAGUCCCGACGAAGUCGAGAAUAUGUCACGCUUGCGUGAGCAGGACAAAGUACGAUAUAAGCAGCCCGUACAUAACCGAGGGACGAUCCUUAAUGGCUAUGGCCCCGUGAGCCCCGAGUACUGGAUAGAGCUAUCCAACGCUAUCACGAAGGCGAGAGAACUACAAGAGUACCAGCAAAAUCAGCGACCCAUCAAGCAACAAGAGCAAUCUCAUGAUACCCAAGCCGUGCAGCAGGCCACAGCGCCGGACAAUGUUCAGUCAACUUCCCCCCCAAAUUUAAAACAAAGUUCAGGGUAUCACUUUUCACCUCCCGCCGAACCUCACAACUGA